UAAAGCGGACUAACAAGUGAGGAUUUUGCAUGAAGGGGGACGAAUGCUGAAUUACAUGGCCAACAGAAUAUGAGUCAGUGCGUGUCUGUGAGCUGAGGUGGAGUGUGUCUCUCUCCCGCCGCACGGCUGUCUCGGUCCGCCACAAAGCUUCCUACCCCAGGAUGCAGCUGCUCAGAGUUGCGUGGGCACUGACCGGAGCGGCGAUCUGCUGCUUUCUCAUUCUCCUUAUCCACUCCCGCUUGCUCAAAGAAGGCCAGCUGGCAGCGGGGACAUGUGAGAUUGUGACGCUGGACAGGGACAGCAGCCAACCACGGCGGACCAUCGCCAGGCAGACGGCCCGCUGUGCCUGUAAGAAGGGCCAGAUCGCAGGAACUACAAGAGCCAGACCUGCCUGUGUGGAUGCUGGUAUUGUUCGGAAAAGGCAGUGGUGUGAGAUGGUGCCAUGUUUGGAGGACGAAGGCUGUGACCUGUUAGUCAAUAAAUCUGGCUGGACUUGUACACAGCCCGGAGGACGAGUCAAAACCACCACGGCUCUAUGACGCGACAAGAGUCCCCCUCAACACUCUUGCACUAUGGAGAGCAUUGAUGACCCCUUGACAGACAGCCAAAAACCAUCUACCAACACCACCCUACCACCACCACCAACAUCACAACAACUCCACCCAAACCCUGGUCCCGCAAAGGCAGGAAGCAACACAAGCAGCUACAGGCCACCAAGGGCCUCAUGGAGGCAGCAAGGUCUCAUAACACAGCCAGAGACGGGCAAACCAGGCAGUGACUGUUUGAGGGAGCGAGCUCCCCCCUGGACACUGGACAAACUACUCGCUGUAAAACACCUUCUAUUUCCUGUGACUGGCUCCUCCUGGUAUGUGACUGCUCCCUCCUGCUAUCCAUCGUCGGGUCAAAAUGUUGCGUCCACCUCCUCGCCUGCUCUGUGAACUUAGCAGCGCCUGCUCAUGCCACGGAGGAUCGAACACCUUAAAACCCCAUCAAUGGUUUUUGCCUCAUUGGAAGUUUGAAACUGCUAAUUGCUUUGAAUGAGGAAUUUCCCAUAUCACACCCUAGCCUCUGGAGCAGGAGUUCCAGAGCAAAGAAGGGAUCAUUACAGACCAGACCCUGUUGCUUCUUGGACCCCCCUCUCGAGGCCGUAAAAACCGAACUGAGCGUGCUCCGCUGUGAAUAGGCCUUCUGCUGGAGUAAACCUCCCAUAUUUUUAUAGACCAAAGAGCAAAACAACAAAUACGAUCAUUAUGACAGAGUGGACCAUCUGGCAAAGACACACAGAGACUUUGUGAACUUGCUAUUUGUGUCGCCACCAACCAGCGACUGCCCCCACAGAGACACGGUGCCCAAGUGGGCCCAUGCAAAACGAACCUUGCGUCUGGUGGCAUAUGUACCGUACACAAUCAAAGGAGUACUUUUAAAACUUUCCAGACAUUUUUUUUCUCAGACUAAGCCCACCACUGUAUUUUGAAACUGGAGCUAUAGGUACUACAUACGUAUAACUGUGUAUCAAAAAAAAUAAAUCUGAUUUGCAUUUUUCAGUAGCUACGGUUGGGACAGCUUGCAGGAUUUUGUGGUGUUGGUCACGGAUUGCAAAUCAUAUCAAAGAGAUGAUGAUUAUCUACAGAGAGUAUAAACGCUGUUGAGUCUGAAAAGAAGGAGUAAAGAAAUGUCAUUAAAUGUAUUUUGAAAGGCCCUAAAAAGUUAUAUAUUUAACAGUUUUAUAUGUUGUACCUUUGUAGAGAAGCUUAUUGGACUUAAAAUGUGGUCACAAUGGCAGUUUAGUAGGAUGUGAACAAACGCUGUUGUUCUCAUUACUGCUGGCUCGUAGUCCCAGGUUUUCUGUUCACACCUCAGUAGCCGCUUUCUUUUCAUGGUCAUCUACAAGUCACUGUCUAUCAGAACCAUUAAUGAAAAAAAAAGGAAAGUGACACAAUUUAUUGAGGACUGAUCUGCAGCCAACUGAACAUUGUAAAUCUAUGGUAGUCAGUGGAAGCCAUUGAAAUCUGCUAAUUUGCUAUGAUAUUGUAUUGUACACGGUGUGGAAUACUGACUCAUUUCCUCUCUUUGGGUUUUGAUCUCUUAAUUUAUUUUUGUGCUUGUGUUUGUUCGCACAAAUCUUGCCUCUCUCCGAUGGCGAUGAACAAAACAGAGAGAGAGAGAGAGAGAGAAAGAGAAAGCGGAGG